AUGUUGGAGAGUGCUACGAGGAAAGAGAUGUGCCUGUUUAAUAGCAGGAUGGCUAUGAGCACUAGUUGUUCAGAGAAUGGUGAGGGAGCUGAAAAAAUCAGGGAGUUGGUAAAAGAAUCAUUUGAGUUGGCUGCAAAGGUUUGUUUUGGGGAUGUGUUGGGCCCACUGAAGAGGUUGGGUUUCUGGGUUGAUGGGAAGCAGCUCAUGGAUGUGACCAUGGGUAUUAUAAACUUCUGGAGGGUGAGGGUGAAGCAGCAUGAAGAGAGAGCAGAGAGAGAGGGUUGGGAUAGAGAAGAUAAAGAUUUGAUGGAUAUACUAUUGAAGGCCUAUCAAGAUGAUAAAGCCGAGGUCAAGAUUUCCAGAACUCAUGUGAAGGCUUUCUUGCUUCGUUCCAAGUUCAGUUGUGAGCCAACAAUGAGAGCUACUGCGAACAAUGGGAGCUAUCGGGAUCGGAGAUCGAUGAAGCAUGUUCUGGACAACGUUCAUGGAUACAUCUACCUCGAGCCGGUAUGA